GCAAUCUUUCCAUCUCUUAUAGGGCUCGACAAUUUGCUCUUAUAUUAUCCUUAUAUGUACAAGUAAGCAUGGCCGCUGCAGCGCUUAACAGUCUCCGACCAGUCACAAAGGUCGUCCAAGGUCAGAAAAUGAAGGAAGGUGCAGGUGUAACAAUUUGCCGCACGGUGGGCACUUCUGGGCUCCGAAACCUCGACCCGUACCUCAUGUUAGACGAGCUCAAGCUGCCCGCCAAGGCGGCCUUCGCUGGCUUUCCCGACCACCCCCACAGAGGCUUUGAGACGUGCUCCAUCAUGCUGGAAGGGCAGAUGGAGCAUCGCGACUCUCACGGCAACCAUGGUGUCAUCGGUCCCGGGGGCGUGCAGUGGAUGACGGCGGGUCGGGGCAUCAUCCACAGCGAGAUGCCCAAGAGCACGGAUGGCAUGUUGUGGGGCUUUCAGUUAUGGAUCAACCUGCCCAAAAAGGACAAGAUGUGCAAACCUAGGUACCAGGAUUAUCAGCGUAGUGACAUUCCCGUGGUGGAGUCGUCCCCUGGGGCCAGUGUACGGGUGAUGGCGGGCAGCCACGGUGGGGCCAUAGGGCCCAUCAAGAUGCGUAAUCCGGGGUUGCUGAUGGACGUACGACUGGCGCCGGGCGCCAGCUUCACGCAGGAGGUGCCGCUGGGAUGGAACGGUUUCGCCUAUGUAUACGACGGCGAGGGCAGGAUCUGCGGCACCCGGGCACAACCUGAGCAUGUGAGUGCGUGGGUGGACGGUAAUGGAGGAGUUGGCGGGAUUGCCGGGGUCAGCGGGCAGCUGGUGCGGUUUUUGCUCAUCGCGGGAAAGCCCAUCGGCGAGCCCAUUGUGCAACACGGUCCCUUCGUUAUGAACACGGAAGAGGAGAUUUAUCAGGCGAGCUAG